AGCCGGGCGGGGAUUGUUCCUGAGCUCAUUCACUUCACUUCCGCAUCGUUCAUUCGGCGACGCCAUAGAAGUUAUUAUAAAUAAACUCUUGUGUUUCUCUUUAGCUUUGCAUCUUCGCCAUUUUGUUUGCACAGUGUUUCGAGCUUUUACUAACAAUUUUCAGGUGUUUAACGUGUGUUUAACCAUAGCAAUAAUAGUGGAAAUUGACGGCACGUUCAGAGAUCACUAAAUUAGUGAUAAUUGUGUCAGAUUGUAUAGUUUAAACUGCCAGCUUCAAUCUUCUGGCUGGGCUUCGCGAUUGGUUUUCUGUGCUUGAAGCCUGAACAGCACUUUAUAUUAUUGUGUGCAAUUUGUAAUUUUUUUGAGGAAGUCGUGUUGUGUGUCACAAUAUGGCCGACGACGAUCUCAAAAGGUUAAGAGCGGCCAGGGGACAAUCGAAGGCGGCCAUUACAAGGAUGAUGGCCUUUAAGGCGACAGCGGAGGCUGCUUCUAGCAGCGAUGCGGACCCUCUGCUAUACCAGCAGAAGAAUGAUAGGCUUGAAAAGACCUUUCAAGAAUAUAAGGAACUCAACCUUGAAAUUUCAUUGUUGGACCCUGCGGAUUCCGAACGUGUUGAGGACUUCGAGGAGAAAUAUGAUCUGCUCAAAUCGUUCUAUGCGGGUGUAGUAAACAAGGCAUUGGACGCCUCUACGUCGAGCGUCUCACCGCAACCAUCCUUUUCGUCUCCUGGAGGCUGUAAUGCCUCGCCAUUUAGGCUGCCUCCAAUAAAUCUAAAAGUGUUCGCGGGAGAGGUAGAGCAACGGGCUGCUGCCUUGGAGUCCCUGGGAGAGCGGACGCCUUCAGGGCGCCGGUCUAGUUUAGUUGCAAGUAGUGUUAAAGUGGCCAAGCCGCUUAAGUCGGGUAUAAACAAAUGCGCUUUUGCCGGAGCAGCUGCCAGCCCUGCCUAGCAAGCUGAUCCUGCAGAAUACACGCUUUGGGUUUAUCGUUGCUGGAUUGGCUGGUGCUUCCGACACAGCCCCGGUAUCCAACUUAGUAUCAAAUUAUUGCUGUCAACAGCUAACACACAACAGUGACAUAGGUAAA